GGCCUGGCGAGCCGGCACCAGGGGAGCGGACGGGACCCGGGGCAGGCGCCGGCUCAACAGUUUGGCAAAGUCGCUCUGCGGAGCCCGAUCCAGCGGCGGCGGGGCCCGGCGGGAGCCGGGCGCUGGCUCCGGGGCCGGGCGGGGACCCCGGCCGCUCGGCGGCGGGAGAAAGGCGCUGGAGAGCGGGAGAGCUGGAGGGAGGGAGCCGAGGGGCCGGGCACCGCUCUUGGCCCGCGGGGGCGGAUUGGGAGCGAGGGGGCUGCAGACGGCCCGGCGGGGGGCUCCCCGCGAAGAACAAGCCGGGCGGGGGGACCCCGCUGCAGCGCCCGGGGCGCGGGGAGAGAUCGCUUCUCCCCGGACACUGUCUGCAGGAGACUGGGGACCGGGGGGGUUUCCAGCGACUUUCCAGCUUCUGGGCUGUGCACGGCCCCAGUCUCUGCUCCGGGGCGUGUGUGUUCGGCGGAGGGGGCUUCCCCCUUCUCUCAUGGCUCCGCUGCCCCGUGGGGUGAGCCCCUGGCCGAGCCGGCGAGCCGCCCCUUCCCCGCGGCGGGGGCUCUGGGCUGACUGAAGGGGACCCCCCCCCAGAGCAGGGGGCUGCCGGAGGAUGCUCUGACCUGGACGCACACCCCGGCCCCAGGCAGCGGGGUCCCCCCGGGCUGCGGGGCGAUGAGCGCCGGGCUGGACCGCCUGUCCGUGACCUCCUCCGGCUCCAGCUCGCCGGCCGGCGGCGGCGGGGCGGGGGCGGGCAGCCGGCUGCUCUCGGCCAACGUGCGGAAGCUGCACCGUGCCCUGACCCUGCUGCUGAGCGAGCCCGAGCGGGAGCAGUUCAUCCACUGCCUGAACGUCUACCACGCCCGCCGCAACGUCUUCGACCUGGUGCAGACCCUCCAGGUGCUGCUGGACAGCCCGGACAAGCGGCAGCUGCUGCCCAUGCUGCGCCUGGUCAUCCCCCGCUCCGACCAGCUGCUCUUCGACCAGUACACCUCGGAGGGGCUCUACCUGAAGUCCGGCUUCCUGCCCGGCUGCAGCGCCGGGGGCGCCCCCCUGGCUGCGCCGCCGCCGCCGCCCGCGGCUCCUGGCUGGCCCCCGCCCGCCCCUCUGCCCCCUCCCCGGAGAGCCGGGCCGGACUUCAGCACCGCCGCCGACGGGACAGCUCCCCUGGCGGGCCCCGCCUCGGAGGAGCCGCGCGGGGCGGUGCGGCAGGUGAGCCUGAAGAGGAACAAGACCCACGAAGGAUUGGGCUUCAGCAUCCGCGGGGGCGCGGAGCAUGGGGUGGGCAUCUACGUCUCCCUGGUGGAGCCGGGCUCCCUGGCAGAGAAAGAAGGGCUCCGGGUCGGGGACCAGAUCCUGAGCGUCAAUGACAAGUCGCUGGACAGGGUGACCCACGCCGAAGCUGUCAAGGCUCUGAAAGGCUCCAAGAAGUUGAACCUGUCGGUGCAUUCGGUUGGGCGGAUCCCUGGGGGCUAUGUCACCAAUCACAUUUACACCUGGGUGGAUCCCCAGGGGCGGAGCGCAUCCCCACCCAUGGGCCUGCCCCAGCACCAGAGCAGCUCCCUGCGGAAGGAUGGUGAGAAGAGGAGUCACCUUCAGCUUCUGCAAGAGGGGGAUGAGAAAAAGGUGAACCUGGUGCUGAACGAAGGGAAGUCCUUGGGCCUCAUGAUCCGAGGAGGAGCAGAAUAUGCGCUGGGCAUUUACAUCACCGGGGUGGAUAAGGGCUCGGAAGCGGAAAGCACCGGCCUGAAGGUGGGAGAUCAGAUCCUGGAGGUGAACGGCAGAAGCUUCCUCAGCAUCCCCCACGACGAGGCGGUGAAGUUGCUGAAGUCGUCGCGACACCUCAUCAUGACUGUGAAGGACAUCGGAAGGCUGCCGCACGCCCGCACCACAGUGGAUGAGACCCAAUGGAUAGCGAGCUCCCAGAUCGGAGAGACCCCGGUGAACACAGCAGGGGCAGCUGGUGAUCACACAGCAGAGGCAACGGCAAAGCCUGUGUUUUACAGGGGCCUGGCUGGCUCCCAGGUGACGCUGAGCAGCCUGGUGAACCAGACCCGCGUCAUGCUAGAGGAGCAAGCUCGCCACCUUCUGAACGAACAGGAGCGGGCGACCAUGGCCUACUACCUGGACGAGUACAAGGAGACCAACAUCUCCGUUGACUCCCUCGUGAUGGCGCUCUUCGAGCUACUCAACACGCACGCCAAGUUCUCGCUGCUAUCUGAGGUGAGGGGCGUGAUAGCCCCGCAGGACCUCGAUCGCUUCAAUAACCUGGUUCUGAAGCGGGAGAUCGAGUCCAUGAAGGCCCGGCAGCCCUCGGUGCCCAGUGCGGACUCCUACUCCAUGACGUCCUACAGCGACACCGGCUCCUCCACUAGCAGCCACUUCACCUCCACCACGGUCAGCUCGGCUCGGAACACCGCAGACCUGGAGGGAAGUGGAGAGGGACUCCAGAGCAGUAUUAAUGCCCUGCCGGACAUCUCCCUGGACGAUGUUUCGUCUUUCCCUGAGGAACCGCCCGGCUUUAAGCCCCCACCUCCUUCUCCGGCUCAAACGCUGGACUCCUCCACUGCCCAGCUCCGAAAGACAGCGAAAGACACACCCCAGCGCCCUUCCUCUGAAUCCUCCCACUCGGGCCUCUUCUUCGUGGCCCCUCCCAGCCCCACCCCGCCUCCCAGCCACCCCGAUAAGGACACAGCCAGCGUGACUUCCACCUCGGCCUCUGCGUCCACUGCGGAUUCUGCCUCGAGCACCGUCUACGCCGCCGUUUCCCCGGCCACUCUCAGCUCCAGGAGGCAGCUGGGUGCCCACUUGUCCUUGGUCAACCAGCACCCGAUAGGCCCCUUCCCCAGAGUUCAGUCUCCAACCAGACUGAAGAGCCCAUCUCCUGAGAGCACCCCAGCCAGUAGCCUCCCAGCACCCGCCUCUCGGUCCCCUCCCCAUUCCUCGUCGCACCCGGAGCCAGACAAAGGCAGCCCACAGUCAGCGAUCAACCAGCACUUUAUCAUGGUGGAGGUGCAUCGGCCCAACAGCGAGCCAGACGUGAACGAAGUGAGAUCCUUGCCCCAAGCCCGAGCCUCCACGCUCUCCCAGCUGUCGGACAGCGGGCAGACCCUCAGCGAGGACAGCGGGGUGGACAUCGGCGAAGUGGAGCUGAGCGGCAGGGACAAGAACCGGCAGCAGAUCCCUGGGAAAAGCCGAAGCCCCAAGGAGGCACCGAGAAGUGAUGGGCCAGCAGAGGCAGCCUCCAAACCGCCUGGCCUUCUGGAGCCCACAUCAUGUCUGAUUCGAGUGGCGAAGAGCGCGCCGACCCUGGGGAUCGCCAUCGAGGGCGGCGCCAACACCCGGCAGCCUCUGCCCCGGAUAGUCACCAUACAGCGAGGAGGAUCUGCCCACAACUGCGGGAAGCUGAAGGUGGGGCACGUGCUCCUGGAGGUGAACGGCACGACGCUGCGGGGAAAGGAGCACCGGGAAGCCGCGCGUGUCAUCGCCGAGGCCUUUAAAACAAAAGAGAAGGAUCACAUCGAUUUCCUGGUCACCGAGUUCAACGUCGCACUUUAGGGGGCUCGGCAGCCCCCGAGCCAAACGGAUAGAAGAGCGAGGGAGCUGGAUCGGACGGGGCUUCGGGCGGAUCGGCAUGCGGGUUAACACGUGCACCCAUACGCCCCAGCACAGAAGCCACCCUCCAUGGCAGAGCUGGCACUGUCCCCUGCCCAGCGUAUGCCCGCUCACACACACACACAAACACAUGUUCCAGGUACAGAACAUGGGCGGCCAGCCCUGGGCUGCCCCAGGCAGGUGCUUUGCGGUGCUCUGCUUCUGGGGCUGACAGCAGCGGUGCCGGUGAUGGGCCCCAGGGCUGAGAAGGACUGCGGGAGAGUGUGGGAGCAAAGGGAGGGAGGGGCGAGGAAGCAAUGGAAAGUGUGGGAGAGAGGAGAAUCCUGACUCUGGCUGAUCCCUGCAUCUCCUGCCUGGGCAUUUACUCUGGGCACUGCCCUGCCUCUGUCUCUCUUCAGUGGUUCAGAUUCAUUUCCCAGUUUAAGCCAUAUUCCAGAUGGUCUUUCCCUGCACCUCCUCCUCGAUGUGGGGGUAGGGAAGCCAGCCACAUCCUUGAGAGCUCACCCCCCACCCUGCCCCUUCCCCCACCGCCCCACCAGCAUCUCUCUCCUCUCUGUUAUUCUGCCUUCCUCCGCACAGAGAAUCCCUCCAUGCCUGGGAGAUCGGAUGGGAUCAAGGGGUGCGGGCCAUAGGUGCAGGGUGCCCUGCCGUGCAGUAAUGUUAGUGCAACACGUGCUGUGCAGGGGACUCCACGGCUGCUAAUGGCAUAGUGAAGUGGGAGUGGGGAGAACGGGGGAGAGAUUUCUUUGGCGAUCACUGGUUUAAUGUCUUCUCUCGGGGGCUUGUCCGCUGGGGGCUGGGUGGCAGGCAUGUGGCACAGGGCCCCAUCAAGGCUCCAGGCCUCGUGUCCCAGCGUGUACAGCCAGGAAUGGAUGCCUUGUAAAUUGCCAGCAGUGUCAGUGUAUUUAUAUCUACAGAGCUUGUGCUUUUAAUUUUUCAAUAAAUCUAACG